UCUCACUUCCCCAGCUGCUGACGUCAGCUGGCAGCCUGGGCUGUGCUCGCCGCUCCGGACAUAGCGCCGAGAAAAAAUGCUGCUCUCCGUACCGCCAAGGGCAGGAAUCAACCCGUACAACGGCUAUAACAACAGAAACAGCAAAAAGCAAACCUAUGUGUCCUCCGGCCACCAGAUGGCGCCCCCCAGUCCCAACACCAACAGCAAUAGUAACAGCAGCGGGGGAGGGGAACAGCUGAGUAAAACUAACCUGUAUAUUCGCGGCCUCCAUCCUGGGACUACAGAUCAGGAUUUGGUUAAGCUCUGCCAACCGUAUGGCAAAAUCGUGUCAACUAAGGCCAUCUUGGAUAAAACCACCAACAAAUGUAAAGGAUAUGGAUUUGUGGACUUUGAUAGUCCAGCAGCAGCACAAAAAGCUGUCACAGCUCUGAAAUCCAGUGGGGUCCAGGCCCAGAUGGCCAAACAACAGGAGCAGGACCCCACCAACCUCUACAUCUCCAACCUGCCAGUGUCGAUGGAUGAGCAGGAGCUGGAGAGCAUGCUCAAGUCCUUUGGGCAGGUCAUUUCUACACGCGUCCUUCGAGAUGCCAAUGGGACCAGCCGCGGCGUUGGAUUUGCAAGAAUGGAGUCCACAGAGAAGUGUGAGGCCAUAAUUCAACAUUUCAAUGGAAAAUUCAUCAAGACUCCCCCUGGAGUGCCCGCGCCCACAGAGCCCUUAUUAUGUAAGUUUGCAGACGGGGGUCAGAAGAAGAGGCAGAGCCAGGGGAAGUAUCUCCAGAACGGGAGGCCUUGGGCUCGAGACGGAGAUACGGGAGGAAUGACGCUUGCAUAUGACCCUGCCUUACAAAAUGGCUUCUACCCCUCACCUUACAGUCUGGCUCCAAACCGAAUGAUUGCUCAGACUUCCCUCUCGCCCUACAUGCAUUCUCCUGUCUCAUCCUACCAGGUACACAGCCCGUCCUGGAUGCACCAUCAGUCAUACCUCAUGCAGCCAACUGGUACAGUUCUUACCCCAACAAUGGAUCAUGGCAUGUCCAUCCAGCCCACGUCCAUGAUGGGACCUCUCACGCAGCAAUUAAGCCACCUGUCGCUGGGCAGCACAGGCACAUAUAUUCCGGCCAACACUACUAUGCAGGGGACCUACAUCCCCCAGUACACCCCAGUGCCUCCCUCCAGUGUCCAAGUAGAGGAAAACGGUGGUCAACAGCAACAGGUUGCUAUGGAAAGUUCCACAGAACAUACAAACUACUCGUACCAACACACCAAGUGAAGCUAAGCUCCCGGGAGGGUUGGGCCAAGGGCACCGAACGAAUCCGUCACACCGGAUUCAGCUGGACGAGAUCUGUGCUCCUUACCACCACAAGGCACCUGAACUUGAACAUGGAUUACAAAAGGAAAACAUGUGUGCCUGUGAGUGUGUUUGUUUAUACGCGUGAGUGUAUGUCUGAUUUUUCUCUUUUUUUGGUUCUUUUUUUUUUUUUUAAAAAGGACAUCACUUAACGUCAUUGGACAAUUCUGCUCAGAUCCUCAAGAGUUGAUCAACCAAAGGGGGAAAUCUUCUUAAGAGAAGUUUUGAUCUAUUUUGAUAAGUGAACUAGAAACACACACAAAAGAUUUAAAAAAUAAAAACAACCAAAAAAAAAAAUAAGUGGAGGAAAAGACACAGAGCAUUAUUUUUGUGCAUGUGAUUUUGCAAAUUCUUAUUUUUAACAAAGCAUUCUGGACGUUUCAGAGUGAUUCAAGAAAGAGUUGAAACACAAUGUGUCUUUUAUUUUGUGUUUUUCUUUUGUAAAAUAUGCAAUUUUUUUUUCAGAUGUCUGUUUUUGGACAUUCUAUUUGCAGCAGCAACAAUUUGUACAGAUUUCAAGCUUUAGAAAGACUUUUGCUGGUCUGAUGUGAGGAGUCGUUCUAUCUGUGGGAGGUAAACCGUUUAAAGCUACUUCUUCCUGCUGCAGAGAUUUCUGUUCAUGCGCAGACUUAAGGCAAAUUAUUAUUAUUGUUAUUUUUACAUUAGUUCAAUCUUUAAUAAGAAAACAAAAGACAAUCAAUUAUUUAUAUUUAUCUUUGAAUCAUAGUUCUAUUUUUUCGACUUUUUAAUAAUUGAAACCUACAUUUAUAUUAAAAAAAGAAGUUAUUUAAUACUGUCGUCCAUGAAGACAAGCUAAAACGGACAUAAAAGACCUUUACCCCACACAUUGAUAAGCUCAUGAAAGUAGGAAUAUUUUUAAAGAUUGGGUGGCUUUCAGUCCUGUGUUUACCAUCUAAAAAAACAAAUGAAAACACCAAAAUGACACAUGUCCAUAUUAAUAUUCGUCCUGUUUUGUUAGAAUGUAACCUCACGCUACGUCCCUGUCCAUGAGAAGUGGUUUUAAGCGGUUUUAUGAUGCGAACCAUCAGGAAUCUUAAGUGAUCCUACGAGGAUAGGAUGAAGCAUGCUUUAGAAAGGAGCAGUUAGAUAUUAUGUGUACAAAGAAGAAUGCAGUUACUAAAUUAAAGUGUAGUUUAGCAGAAAAGCAAUGAGGGAAACUAAAAUUAAGACUUAGAAAACCCUGAGAAAACAAAGUGUGAUUGGAAAGGGAGCUGUAAGUCUUUUUUUUUUCAAUGCUGCUGUCACUUGAGUUUGAUUCGUUGUUAGAGAUUCUUUGUAGAAAUUGAAAUGUCGUCUGUGUUUUUCUUUUGUCUGUCACUUGAAAAUCUUUGAGCUAGUUUGCCUUAUUUUUUGAUGAAUUAAUCUUAGAUUAGAUUUUAGUUGUAGAGUUUAGCUUUUUACGGCGAUUAGGUGUUGUUGUUUUUCUGUUGGAAUGGGUUGAUUCUGUUUGCUAGUGCACAUCUAGUUUUCUCUUCUUUUUUUUUUACAUUUCACGUGAAUUUCCGUUCCAAGCCGCGUCACCUGUCCCUCCUGAAACUGUGUCUGCUGUGUUUGUUUGAGGCGAGCCUUUAGGAGGCGAGCCUUUCGGAGGCGAGCCUUUCGGAGUCGCUCAUAGGAUUCACAGCGCAGACGUGUCGGUGUUGUGGCUCCAACUCGCCGUACAAAUCUCAGUCAGCUCAUCAAGUGAAGCUCAUGACACCAUGUUCAUUCAGAUAUGUUGAACUGUAAUUUAUACCGACACCAGAAACUGUAGAUAUGUAGAUAAUAAAGAUAAUGCUUUUUUUUAUUUCUUUUUUUUUUUUAUUUUACAAAGGACUGCUCACAAGACCAUGAAAGUGCCAUUAAAGAUAAAUCCUUAAAGCCUUUAGUGAGACAGCAAGUCUGAAUGAAUUUGUGAGGUAUCCAAAAUUCUGCAAAAACAAUUUUUUUAUCUUAGCCUUAAUAUCUCCUCUCUGGGUGAACUGCCUGAUUUGUGAGAGGAUUGAAUUUCAUUUUAUACCACAAAGAGGUUUGUUUGAAGGCUUUAGUUUUAGCGGUCGGGUUUAUUACUGUUCUGCAACCAUUCACGUUUAAGAAGCAGCGUCAAGGCUCACAGCUUGAUGAUUUUGUUUCCUUUUUGGUCCUUUUUGCUGUUUGUUGUAUAUUUCUGCAACCAAAGAUGUUGUAGCCACCCACCUUUUAGCUCUGUGCGACAGAUAAACUGCUGUUGGAUACAAAAAACUUUUUUUCAUGUUUGUUUUUUUUUGUGGUCUUGCUCUGAUUCAGAUGAGAGAAAGUCGGCGAUAAGGGUGUAUAAACACACUCAAUAUUCCACAUUGUGACUACAGUUUAAGGUUUUCACAGGAGAUUUUUCUCCUAUAAAGUAAACGUCUAUGUCACGUCUAUAACAUGUUACUUAAGUGGAGUUUCUCAUGAUGUGUUUAGAGGAUUGUCGGAGGACAUCUAGGCAGGUUCAUGAACUUUAGUGGCCCCAGUAGACAUCCAGGAGGAACACAAACUGCAGCUUUUGUCCUGGUGGUGUCAAACAUGAGCGUUUUCAGACACAAGAGAUUAUUUUGUAAAUAGCUUUUAUUUUUCUUUGCUCUUUUCACCAUUCUGUUUGUUUUCUUUUGUGUGUUCUCUUAAUUUUCUUUUUCUUUUGUAUGAUUUAUGACCUGUCCAGAUAAUAGUGACUUUCAAGUUUUCGGUUUCAGUGCGCCAUGAAGGAAAUGUCCAGAGAAAUGAUAUUCCAUGUAUUAGCCAUCACUUUUAAUACAAAAACAAGAUUUUGGAACUAUGAAAUGAAAAUAUGUUACACUACAGUGUUUUGUUUUUUUUCAUUUGUUUUUUUGACAGCACAAAUAAUAUUACAGGAAAUCAUGACGUUUCUAAAUAAAUUGGCAUUUUAGUUAAAUUAAGAUUUAAGAAAUACAAAGAGUUAUAGUGUACUCUGUAAAUAGUACACAGUAUUUUGAAAUUUAGAAAAAAAAUUCCUUGCACUUACUUUGAUUCCAUGUUGAUUUAAAAAUGUUCUUUUUAUUUUGUCCAUCCAAACAAUCUGAUAGUUUGUUUCAUAGUUUCAAAUGGUUUUGCUGCUAAAACAGGAUUUCCAAUCAGGUGGUUGGCUGCUGUCUAGUCUGAAUUUUUAUGAUGUUUACUUCAUAUUUUGAUUCGGUUGAUAGAAGUACACAAACUUGCUUCAUUCGGGGGGGGGGUGAACAUUCUUAAUAUAUAGCAAAAUAUGUAGUGUUUAUUUUGCUAGUGGACAGUUUAAAGGCCCAGUGUGUGCGAUGUACUGACAUCAAGCUCCACAAAUUGCAAACUGCAACUCCACAACUUCCUUUCUCCUUCCAAAAAAAUGUAGGAAAAUCUGCGGUGAAAACAAAGUCAUAGUUGGGAGUGGGUGUUUGUUUAGACUACUGUAAUAACAUGGUGAGAAAGGUAGGAGCACCCCCUGUGGCGUCAGUGGCUGUAAUUAGCUUGAUCCUAGACGAUUACAAAACAAUUCUAAUUUUUACAUGAUCAUUAAAAGAACGCUAAGAACUGCUUAUUGGUUUGCAUUCCUGCAAUAGAUUUCAUAAAAUUUUACACACUGUACCUUUAAAUUGUGAAAUUUGAAACGGUUGUGGUGCAGAAACCUCCAAACUGUUUGUACCAAGUUUGUGUGAGUUAUAAACAUUCUGAAAAUCCUCUGGGCUCAUCUGACUUCCUGCUUGUGAACAGUUUUCUUAUUUAUACAAGAACUCAUUUUGUACAGUUUUGUUAGAGGAAAGAGGUUUUGAUAUUUGGUUAUUUUGCAAAUGCCACUUGGCUACUUUUGUCUUCCUGUGCCAGAGUUGCUAAAUUGUCUGUAACUUGUGUUUUUUAUUGAUUGAGAUAAGAUUUUACUUCUUCCUUGGUGUUUUCUUUGAAUUUGAAUAAGUUUUUUGUUUUGUUUUGUUUUUUGUUUUUUAAUAAAAGCAUUGUUCCAA